AUGGCGGUGGACUUUGUCGCUCAGUUGCAAGACUUUCGUGACCAUGAUGCACGUCGCGAUAGUCUACUUGCUCAGCUUGUAAACGAUUUCCACGAGCUGCAAGCGCGAAUGAACGAGGUGACUGUUGAUUUGCAAGACGAGAAAAAGUCUCGACGUAUUUGGCAAAAACAUGCCGAGGAAAAUGAGUCGAUCGUGAUCGAGCAAAGACUAUCGCUGAACUCGAACAAUUUUGUGGUUGUGUUGAUUGAUGGUGAUGGGGCGUUGUUUAAACAUGAACUGUACAGGCUUGGUGCCGAAGGCGGUCGCAGGGCUGCGGGUCUGUUGCACAGUUCGGUACAAGACCGGUUGAAGGUGCAUUACCCUGACCAUAACGUUUCUGAUUGGGCAAUAUCCGUGUUUGUUAUGUGCAAUUUGGAGGGCCUUGCCAAAGCACUCCAUGUGUCUCAAAUCCUUACCGAACGAUCUCAGUUGACUACCUUCAGCCAAGCAUUUAACCUGGCGAAUCCCUUGUUCAAUUACGUUGAUGUCGGCCACGGUAAAGAGCAUGCUGACCACAAGCUGCGUGAGCUACUGCGGUUUCAUCUUGCAAAUACCCAAUGCAAGCACAUUUACUUCGCCGGCUGCCAUGACAAAGGUUAUAUUCCCGUGCUCGAAGAGUACAGCAAUGUAGCUAAGCAAGCGGCACGCAUCACACUGAUUGAAACCACUAAGUAUUACCACGGCUUUGCCCGACUGGGCUUCAAAACAGCCGUGAUGGCGGAUUUGUUCAGUUCGACCGACUUGACGAGUGUCGCAUGGACGACAUCGACUAUGAGCAACCAGGACGUGUAUGAGAGUACAGGACCGAGUAAAGCUGCCGUUGCUGCACUACCGAUCACAGCGGCUCCGCCUCUAUCUCAAGGUACGCCUCCCUCGGGAGCCUCGUAUGCAGCAGUCGGCAAAGCAUUAUCAGCGACAGCAACCGUGGUCAAUAUUGCUCCCACAGCGCCCCAGACAAAUGAAAAAUACAUCUAUCUGAACGCAGAUGAUUUGCGAGUCGAUAAGCCAUUACCGAAAUAUAGCAUGGCUGCGCAGGACCAGUUCGAAAAGAAGAUCCAGCAGAACGGCAUGAACUUUUGCAACCGUUUCCACCUUACCGGAAUUUGUUUUCAUGUGCAUUGCGCUUUCAAGCAUGGGCCCAAACUGGUGCCGCCAAUCUUGACGGUUCUGAAACACAAGGCAAGACUGAACGCAUGCGAAAGUGGAUCGUAUUGCGAGGAUGUCGACUGUACAAGCGGCCAUCAUUGCCAACAUGGCAGUUCAUGUUCUUACAAGAAUUUUUUUUCUCAGGCACUCACACAAUGA